AUGACGGAUAAAUACAAGUGCAUAACUACAGUGUAUGAAGUAUUGCUCAGAAGAUCUGCUCAAUUUCAAGAAUAUGCUCAUAAAUUUAUUGAGAGACUACCAGUAAUGUAUGAAGAGAUACAGAAGGAACUGAAAUUGGCUGUAGACGAUCUAAUCGCUGCUCUCGAGGAUCAGACACCAAUCCCAGAGAAUUUAAAUUUUCACCGUUUUUUCAUGACGUUCGCAUGGGGAAUUAUAACGCUCCUCGCCUAUUAUUUUACAUACAUGCAAGGAUCAACAAUUUUACCAUUAGUGUUAAAUUAUAUCAUUGAUUCGUCAUCUGCUCUUCUACUUGCUUAUUUCAUUAUACCAAUUAUUUCAUAUUUUAAUUUAAAAGCAUAUGAAGAAUAUGGGCGAAAAUCACGAUUUCUUUUGCUUAUUGCUGCAUUAGUUCAGGGUUUGUUGGUGGGUUUUUUACUUAGCAAUUGUUCACCAGCAGUUUAUCUACCGGUAGAAGCAAUCAAUAUGAUAUUUGUAACGGUUUCUUCACGUCUUUUGGGUCCAAAAUUUAACAACGAUCGACAAGCAUAUUUUGGAUUCAUCAAUGGCAUUGGAUUCAUUUUUCUUAUUUGCGUCGGGUUUUUCACUCGUCAGCUAAACAAAGCGUACUUAUUUUCGGCUAUCUCAGCUGUACUUACUUCACAUCUUGUCGUACAAGUCUACAUUCGUCGAGUUUUGCAGGUCACUAUUGUGAAACUCUCUCCAAUUCAAGAAUGUUUGCAGUCCGAUUUGCGUCCUUCUUAUAUUCUGUUGAUGAUGAUGACAUUAUCAAUUUACUGUCAAACAUUGAUACGAAUUCUAUUUGGUCGAUACGUUCUGAAGAUCAAAAAGCUCUGA